AUGACGGCGGAGAAGAAGAUACCGACCCUACAAGAAGUUGUUUCCGGUGACCUGAACUAUGAACAAUGGGCUACAAUCGUGAAAGCUACUCUAGCUGAAAAAGGACUUUGGGAUGUUGUUGAACAUGGAAUCCCGCCCAACCCAUUGAAUAUUCCAGAGCUAGCGAUGAAGAUUCAACCCGAAGAUCUUUCAAGAUGGAGAGAUUUUGCUGGAAAAGACACAAAAGCGCUACAGGUUUUGCAAUCUUCUCUCCCAGAUUCGGUUUUCAGAUUGACACUUGCGACUGCUUCAGCCAAACAUCUUUGGGAUUUGUUGAAAGAAGCUAACGUACAAGCCGAGUUAGGGAAUGAGGCAAUACCUGAGUAUCAAAUGUUAGCUUUCAAUGUUGCUCCUGUGACAUUUGAUAAGGAUAUAUUCAUCACGGGACAUUCUAUCAUGUCUGAAGGAAUAGGAGAUGUCAGGAUCAUUACCAAAGAAGGGAAGAAGAAGACGUUCAAGAAUGUGCUUUUUGUUCCCAAGAUCGACAGAAACGUGUUGAGUGUUGCCGAGAAAGGGCUUUGGGAUGUCGUUGAGAAUGGAGUCCCGCCUGAUCCAUCAAAGAAUCCAGAGUCAGCCUCGUAUCUUCAUGUGGAGGAGCUUCGCAGAUGGAGAGAGCUCGUGAGAAAGGACACGGAAGCACUCCAAAUAUUGCAGUCUGCUCUCCCAGAGUCUAUUUUCAGAAAGACUCUAACGGCAGCUUCGGCCAAGGAUCUUUGGUGUAUGGUGGAACCUUUACCUGAUCAUCACUUGUUUGCGUUUCAUCCUUGUGAUAUGACAGUUGAUGAGGAUAUGUGGAUGAUAUACUCAAAUGCCACGAAUCAUAUGACUCCAUAUGACAAGUAUUUCACCACUUUGGACACAAGUUACCGAGCAAGGGUUAGAUUCUUGUUUGGACAGACUGCCAUGGCUGAAGGAAUGGGAGAUGUGAGCAUCAUGACUAAAGAUGGGAUCGAGAUGACGAUCAAGAAUGUGCUUUACGUUCCAGGGAUGAUGGGGAGCGCGUUGAGUGUUGCUCAGAUGGAGAGGAGUGGUUACGGAGUUGCAAUGGAGAAAGAAACUAGAUGCACUAUAUGGGAUAAGACGACUGGCAAGACUUUUGGUGAAACCAUGUGGCAAUAUGGAGGUUUCUUCCUGCGUUUGAAGGUGAUUGAAGGUAACCUUUAG